AUGGGCGCCCAGUUUGGAGAUGGCUUCAAAGUCAAGGACGCCGUUGUAUCAAUGUCUGGCCCUGUCUUUGGUUGGUUCGUUGGUGGAGAAAAGGGAGCAGUACGUACCCAAAACCAGCAAGGUUCAGGGCACGAGAAAGGUGAGACAAGGGCACGAGGGGAAAAUGCUCUGGACGAAGCAAGGAGGGAGACGUAG